AUGGCUCGUUCUUCAUCAUGUGUUUUCUUGAUCGCCGUUUUCCUGGUGUUUUCUUCCUUGAUUUCCUCCAUCGAGAGCAGAAAGAUGGUUGUGGCGGAUUUGCAUGAAGAACCCAAGAAAGUUCCGGCCAUGGCGGACGGCGGCGACAGACUGUUCAAGAAUGCGCUUCCCAAAGGCACCGUGCCGGCGUCCUCCCCUAGCAAGAAAGGCCACGCCGACACCGUCGACGAAAAGCUCGUCGCCCGCCGCCUCGCCGCCCUUGAUCAUCGGAUCCUCCGCUCCGUCCCCUCCCCCGGAAUAGGCAAUUAA